GUCUCGAGGCGGGAACUGGAGGGGCGGCGUGAUGAGGCCCUUGAGACCAGUUCCUGGGAGAAAAAUUCACUUCAGAGGGAGGAAAUGUUAUAUUGCGGAGGUGGAAGUGAGUCUGCCCGGUCCGUUGUCCCAGUAAAGGUAGUUGUGUCCCAGUACUGGUGGUUUAGUGCCCCGGUACAGUGGUUCAUUGUUCUGGUACAGUAGUUCGUUGUCUGGUUAUAGUGAUUCAUUGUCCCGUUAGUGGUUAAUUAUCUCGGUUCAUGUGGUCUAGUAUCUCGGUAAAGAGGUUCAUUGUCUCGGUUCAUGUGUACCUGUACAGUGGUUCAUUGUACCGGUACAUGUAGUUUAUUGUCCCACUACAGGUAGUUUAGUGUUCCGGUACGGUGGUUCAUUUUCCCGGUACAGGUGAUUCAUUGUUUCCUGACAGGCGGUUCACUGUCAUGGUACAGUGGUUUAAAAGUAUUGUCCCGGUACAGUGGCUUAUUGUCCUUGUAGAGGUGACUGAUUGUCCCGUUACGCGUAAAUAAAUGUCCCGGUAUAAUGAUUCGGUGUCCCGCUACAGGUGGUUGAGUGUCCCAGUACAUGUGGUCCAUGGUCCUGGUAGGGAGAUACAGUUUCAGGGUACACAGCUGUCAGUGUCACGAUACAGGUGGUUCAGUGUCCCGGUGUGGAGAUUGGAUUUCCUGGUGGUGUGGUUCAGCUUCCCAUCACAGAUGGGUCGCGGCCCCGGCACAGGUGGUUUGUCACAGUAAGGGGUUCAGUGUCCCGGUGCAAGGUUGCAGCGCCCCAGUAGUGGGUGGACGAGUUCCAGGAGAGGUGCCCCCGUGACGAGCGCAAAUACGUAGGUGCCAGGUGUCGCCGGCAGUGCCACAGGGGUGGGGGGCCGGGAUGGGAUGUGCGGGGCCAUCACUCCAUUCCCUUUAAACCCCGGCAGCGUGCAGAGUCCGUGCGUGGCGGCGUCCUGCCCAAAAAUCAAUGGUUAGUUUGUGGUGUUCUGGGCGUGUUUCCCGAGGUCGUGUGGACUGUAGGGGCGGCGGCGAGGUGCUGUGUAUGGCGUGUGCUGUGCGGUGUGUGGUGGCGCUGCAGCCCCAGCCCUGCGCAGGAGUGGUGGCCUCUGGGGUCCUGCCGGAGUGUUGCAGCCUCAACAGCCGCCCAACCUUCCUCUGGCACCUUCAGCUGAGCCUGGUGCCCCCCCUCCCUCCCACCUGCUGCCGCUCGUCGCCUACACCGGCUGCCCCGCCGUCCUUACCUUCCAGCCUUGAGACGAAAUAGUUGGUGUUGGGCGUCGCCCCUGCCCCGGGAACCUCACAGCCAUCAUGGUGAGAAUGAUAGGAGCCAUGCCCGCCGUGGCCGUGCGCCAGCAACGGAAGCACGUGAAGCACGAGGACCACUCCAAGCACCGGCCCACCACGCUCACCAUUGAUGCCACCACCCCGUACACAGCCAAGGCCAGGCCGCCGGGCACCAACAAGGUGAAACCCCCCGGGGCGAGGAGGGGCCUCCCCACACCCUUGAGGAGUCCCCGCGGCUCCCCGAAAACUUCUCCGGCGGCCAGCCCCGCUGCCUCCCCCAAGCCGUCUCCGGUGACGUCCCCGAGGGCACAACCCAAGCAGGUGGCCUCGUCAGGGUGCGCGUACAGGUGUGUGCACGGCUACCUGUGCGGGCGUGUGUCAUUGCUGCACGUGUCGGUGGUGUGUGUGCUACUGGGCAUCACCCUGCUGGUAGUGGGCCUCGUACAGCUGGCGCCGGGUGCAGCAGUGGUGGUGGGGUCUGACCGCAGUGGGUUCCCGGCAGGCUCGGCGGUCAACAAGUACGCCAUUAUUGGAGCGGGGACGGGCUUCCUCGGGCUGGGCUUCCUGCUGCUCAUCAUCCUCUGUGCCUGUCAGAAGAAUACCCAUCGCCGUCGCCGUCCACCUCCGCACCUCGUUCAGCCGAGGGGAAGGGGCCGAAAGAAGGGCAAAAGAAGGACAGAUAACGUGUACGCCAUGGACUGCGUGAGGUCACUCAGCUUAGCGGCGCAGGCCCAGCAGGCUCAGAAGAACAGAAGCGGGAGUGGCAGGAGUGGGAAGGGUCAGCAAUCUAAGGGACACACCAGGCAAAUGCAGGUACAGACAGUAGAGCACGGGAUGGUGGCAGGAGGGGGAGAAGGUGGUGGAGGUAGUGGUGGAGGCGGUGGAGGAGGGGGAGGAGGAGGAGGUGGAGGCCAUCAGCAACAAGACCAAGAUACCCAACAAGUUGGGGGCAUCAUCGACAAGGAGUUGGCCUUGGAGGGAUUCAUCAAGAGUCCGUCUGAGAGCGACGCGCUGCUGCAAUCCUGCUCCUCGCAUCAAUAGUAAGUCAAGAAUAGCGUGAGGGGGCUUCGCUCGACUUCCGAGGCUCCUCUUGGCCGGGCCCAUAGACGCCUGGCUCCUGCGCCGCGCCGUCACUGUUGAGGUUUGGGCAAACACGAAGACGGCAUCACCGAGGAGCCGCGCCGAGGAGCUGAGGGACGAACAGCUUGCCUGGAGAUUGACUCAAUUUCAUCAUUGCCAGACGUUACCUGAUCCAUAGAUUAUUAUAGAAUAUGGUGAACAGGAGGCAGUAGUUGAUGUGAUUCAAGAACGAGAGCAUUAUGGAUUAUUUUGAAUUAAGUCAAUCAAACUUAAUUGAUUCUAUGAAGUAACUCACUAAUAAGCUGACUAAAAAUUGGUACAAAUCAUCCUUUGUUUGGUGAAGAAAUUUUGUCAGUUGAUCAGCGGAGAACAAAAAAUAUAUCUUGAGAAUCAGCUCCCAGCUUUUUACGAUAUUUUUUUUCUUGGUGCGCCGUUGGUUGGCAGGUAGUAGCGAAAAUUCCACGUAUUCUUACUUAUACUGCAUGAUUCUGAAUUACCUAAACGUUUGUGCUGUAACCUAAUAUACCAGAAACAGCCACAUAUAUAUACUAUAUACUAUACUAUACAAGUACAUUCUAUACUGAUGCAUGGCAAGCUCGUGUGUGUGUUAAGGCUGUGGGUUGCUGGUCAUGGUGAAGAACCGAGCGUGCUGCAGUGAAGCGCGAUGCUUGUGUUGCUGGAGCAGUAUUGCUGACACAUGGAGCUGUGCAAGUGGAAACAAUCAGCCGAGAAAAGGCAGUCACGAGUGAAAACUGAAAUAUUUCCGCCAUACUGUACUGGACGCGAUUGGCUUAAGACGGUGAAUCUCCAAAAUGUUCAGUAAUAGCUGUUAAAAGUCUAGAGGCUCAGUGUGUUUUUUUUUUUUCAGGAUAUCUGUUUAGGCAAUUCAGCAUACAAAUAUUUUAAUUGAUAUUUGCUGCGGCGCGCCGAGUUGCGUCUAGCUGGUGUAAAGCGGCGACGGCGGUGAUGGCUUUUUUGAUGGACUCGAAGAUUCUAUGCAGGUAGUAGCGUGGCGCAGCCCACCGCGGGCUGUCGCGUUGGUGUGGUGGGUGAGCGGGUUGCUGCUUGCAUCCCUACCCCUCCUCUCAUGAAUGUGUUGGCCGAGACUCCACACCACGUGUGCCACGGAACAGACGAUGAUUAAUACAGCCUUCCUGCGAAGUAGUGCUGUAUUAUGUAAGCUAAGUAGGACUCAAGCCCCGCCCGCCGUGCACCAGCCCGGCACGCCGCCCUUCCAGAGGGUGAGCGAGGCUGGUGAUGAGGGUGACUCCAAGUAUUGCAUUUAUACGCAGUUUUUACUGUUCCGGUCUGCCGUGCAGACUUUUAUUACAUAUUAAUUUCAAAUAAUAUUUUUAUAUGCAGUUUGCAUAAGCACAAAUAAAGCAAUUAAUAUGCUUGUCAUUAAUGCGUGAAAAAUCUUGCCUGCACAUGAUCAACAGCAGACGGAAGUGACCCUGGCGAGGCUCAGUCGCCGUAAGAUGUCAUGAGACUGCUUCAGGUUAGUGGUGGAGCUUGAACAACUGUUGCAAAGGCAUUGAGCUGUUCUGAACUCACGGAGUUCCAGCCCGGGCUCAACGCUCAGUAGCUGGUAUCCCCUCCUCUGGGCUCGCGCAGCCAGCACGGUGUUGCGGCACCUUCAUCUCCACUCUUGCGAAGCUCAAUCAGUCACGAGAACAGAGAUGCGCCAGAUUUAUGUUUUCAAUGACGUUCGUUUGGGUGCCGAGGUCCCGCUCCAUCGUCCCGCGCCACGCCGCCACCCUGGACAAGCUAAUGGUCACAUUGGUCUGUACUUCCGAUUUGCCGUUUUGAAUCUGGUUAAAUCGUGAAUAGAUUUUUAGAUAAAAAGCACCGUUCGAUUAUUCUCUAGUUUCAUAAAAACAAAAAAAAUCAAUAUCAGCACGAUUGAAUUUCGGAUAAUUUAUCAGCUUUAUUCGUAAAUAGCACGGAAUAAAGUAAAUUUCUGCAACGUACGAGUAUGUUAGCGCUUCAUAAGCAGAAAGGUGAGCAGUGUUGUCAAGUGUGUGUCCAGUCGAUAGACACGCUUCUCGUACGGGCAACCCUGCACUUCACACACCAAUACGCUGCCUUCCGCCUGCCCGACACGUGUGUGUGUGUGUGUGUGUGUGUGUGAGAGAGAGAGAGAGAGAGAGAGAGAGAGAGAGAGAGAGAGAGAGAGAGAGAGAGAGAGAGAGAGAGCUCACCAGGACGCUGCUCAAGCACUUAAGGAGACCGGCAAAAAUUAAACUUGAAAUCAUUAGUUGGCUGUGUUCAGUGAGGCUCACUGAAAUCAACAGUCAGCCGCGACCCUGCCUUGCUAAUCCAAUCAAAGAGACGCCUGGCCACGGGUGUUUGUAUGUGUGUGUGUGUGUGUGUGUGUGUGUGUGUGUGAGAGAGAGAGAGAGAGAGAGAGAGAGAGAGAGAGAGAGAGAGAGAGAGAGAGAGAGAGAGAGAGAGAGAGAGAGAGAGAGAGAGAGAGAGAGAGAGAGAGAGAGAGAGAGAAAUUUUCCUGGUGUUGCAUGUAAGGAUAAUCCUACAAUGUGUGUGUGUGUGUGUGUGUGUGUGUGUGUGUGUGUGUGUGUGUGUGUGUGUGUGUGUGUUUUAAUUUGCUUACCGGCGUCCUGGUACACAAUAUGCUUUUUAUAUAAACCUAGUAAUCAUUAGUUUAAGGACUAUUUCUAUUGAGAGUAACGCAGGUGUUUGUAUAACCACUGUUGCUGCUGAUUAAAUCUUUUUUGACUUUUAUUAAGAUGAAACUUUCCUAAAAAAAAAACAAUAAUCUUUUGUAUUCUCCAUUUCCUCUAUUUUUGUAUGGCGCCCUCCUGUGAGUACUUAGCGAGUGCUGCUCCUUCUCCGCCUUCUUAGCUAAACCUUAAUAUCUCUGUAACUCCAAAUUUGCUGUCUCUUCCCAGUAAUGGCACCAGUGCAGCGUAAUCCACUGGCUUCAUUUUAAACGCCCUACACAUUCUCCUUUGAAUAGGCGUGUGAUUAUUGUUCUCAUCCAUGCUUAGGACUGACGUCGCCCUGUAAACGUUUCCUCAUAAUAUAUUAUGCGACGAAACAAAAAAAAUGUAUUUCAUUCCUGACAGCGACAACUCAUCACUAUUUUCUUUUCUUUUUAGUUAAAUUAAUAUUGUGGUUUGUUUUGGUUACUGCAUUACCGAAGAUACAAACAAGAGAGACUUGCCUGGAGAGGUCGUUUACGUGUUGUACCUUGCACGUAGUUAUCAAGAAGAGACGGGCAGAGAGAAAGAAAGGGAGGAGGGGGCGCACAAGGCAGGGAGUUGCUGGCUGACUCCCAAGUGCCCCACCCCUCUUGUCCCUUCUUUCCCUCCGCCGCACUCCCACAGUAACCAAGCCGCCGCCUUCGGGGUGUCGCGGUCUUAAGGGAGCCUUCAUACUGAUGGCCCUGAUGGUUUCUGUGGCGAGGGCGGUGACGUGUUCAAUGCGGAUUUCGUAAGCAAACUAAUCUUGUAAUUCCGACUGUAAAACUGUAUGUUAGAUUUAUAUUUAUUUGUAUGUGAUUAUUAUUUGUCGCUGUUCCGGCAAGUAUUUGAGGAGAUAGAGAUAUUUUGUGAGGUUACGGUGAUCUUCCCUGGAGGUCAUGAAGAAAGCUAUCUGUUAAAAAGAACCUGAAGAAGUCUGAACGUAUGACAUUCAUUACGAGUCUCCACGCAGGUAAUAGUUUCCUGUGUGGAGAUUUUAUACUGCCAUUCUACUACCUUUACUAGGCGAUUUCAACAUUGAUUUAGUACACUUGUAGCACUCUUGUUGACGGGAGAGAAUAAUGUGUGCUUUACGACUGUACAAAUUCCGUGGAAGCACAAAUGUGUCCUCCAGUGUUCCUCAGAGAAUAAAUUCCUGGCCUCUCUGGCCCCACA